AUGGAGUACAGACCAUUGGAGGUAACCAUAAUCUCAGCCAAAGGUCUCAAAGAUAUUGGCCACUUAUCCAAAAUGGAUGUCUACGUGAUCUCCACGAUCUCCGGCGAUCCGUGGACCCAUAAAACACCAGUUGACAAGGAUGGUGGGUCCCAUCCAUCUUGGGACUUCACCAUGAAAUUCACCGUUGAUGAAACGGCGAUUCAGGCGAACUCUCUGAACCUUGUCUUUCAGCUUCGGCAUGAGCGAACUCUCCUUGCAGACAAAGAUAUCGGGGAAGUCCACGUGCCCGUCAAAGAGCUCCUUGGCAAUGCUGCCGGAGACGACAAGCCUGCCGUCCUUGCUGAGUAUCCGGUGAGGAAUCCCUCCGGCAAGGACGAAGGUACACUGAAGUUCUCAUUCAAAUUUGGACCCGUAUAUAGAACUGGCGCAGGAACUAGCUCGAUUCAUCCUCCACCAGUGAAUGUACCGGAUCCGAACACUCCACCAGCCUUCCCAGCAGGGAACCCUCCUGGAUUGCCAUUCCAGCUACCAGCAGGGUACCCUCCUCCAGCAAUGGGACAAUAUGGGUAUCCUGGGUACCCGCCACCGCCACCACUAGGCACCGGAUAUCCACCUAUGGAACCAGGAUAUGGGUAUCCCCCAGUGCAACAGCAGCAACACCCACCAAGGAGAAACCAUUAUGCGCAGAGUGCAGGGUUGGUAGGUGCACUCAUUGGUGCGAUGGUGAUAGGAGAGAAUUUGGGUAACUGAAGCUGGUGCCUGUGAUGCUGGUUUUGAUUGCGGAUUGUUGGUCUGGCUAGUUUUCUGGUUCUUUAUUUCUAUUUUUGUUUGUUCAAAAUUUCAAGAAUGUUGGCAUUUUAUGAGUUCUUGUGCCGUCUUUUUGGGCUAGUAGAUUUGAUUGAAACAGAAACGCUGUGCUUGGUUAUUGAAUUUGUAAAUGUACAGAAGAACGAAAACACAACUUUUUUUUUCAUUUUUCAAAAGAAAAUUCAUGGUUUGUUCUCA